UAGGGCUUUAACCUCGCCUACGGGUAACUAAACCUAUGCACACCUCAAAAAAGUGAAAAGAAAACGAGAAAAGGAGCGGGCCGGAAAUUUGCUUAGUCCGGGUUUGUUAGCCCCAAUCACAGCACCACUAACUAAAUCCACCCACUUUCGGCUACGAAUUUUCGUGAACGCCUUUCCCACCAUUCGAAUACUAAUCCAAGCAGCAACAUCAAGUCCCCUCAACGCCCAAUCUUCCUCUUGACAGAUCGCAUCCUUCGAAUCCAUUUCGAUCCGUCAAUAAAUCGCGAAGAUGGCUGACUCCGAGACUUCGGUCACCUUGCGAACUCGCAAGUUCAUCCGAAACCCUCUCCUCGGUCGCAAGCAGAUGGUCGUUGACAUCCUACACCCUAACCGACCCAACAUCUCCAAGGACGAGCUCCGCGAAAAGCUGUCCGCCAUGUACAAGGCACAGAAGGAUCAGAUCUCCGUCUUCGGUCUACGAACGCAAUACGGUGGCGGCAAGACUACCGGUUUCGCCCUAGUCUACGACUCACCCGAGGCCAUGAAGAAAUUCGAGCCCCAGUACCGACUCAUCCGUGUCGGCCUUGCUACUAAGGUCGAGAGAGCGUCAAGACAGCAACGCAAGCAACGCAAGAACCGACAGAAGACCCUACGGGGUACCGCCAAGGUCAAGGGCGCCAAGGCGAAGAAGGAGAAAUAGACGAUGGGCUUCUAGGUGUUCUGGUCUGGUCUUUGUGGAGUGGGAUUUGGCUCAGCUUCGGCACUGGCUCUGUGCAUCAUACGCGAAAAUGCAUAUCUGCAUCCUACGUACUAGUUCUCGACGCGGUACUAGUGAAAUUUCCUCGAGGCGUGGCGGAAUGAAUUUGAUGAUUUCCAACACGAUAGCAUAAAUCAAAGAGUUUUCAUGGCAACACCCA